AUGGAGACCACUGCUCUUUGGAUCUCUUCGGUUCCAUCGCCGACUCCUUCGUUGGGUUCCCCUUUCAAUAGGGAUUUAAAAUUUCAGCUCAGGGGAAGGAAACCCAUCAGUAAACUUUCUGCCAUCUCCUCCCAUGACGGCUCUUCUUCCAAUCGGGCUAGGUUGAAUUCAGUAGCAGAUGUGCAUAAAAAAAGCAGUAGUAGCCUUGAAUCUCGGUUUUGCUAUGAUAAGCCUAUACCCGAGGAGAUAAUUGAGAAGCCAAUUGGUUUGUCAUUGGCUGAAAAAAGUAUUGGGGACAAUCCCCGUUGCCUUGAUUGUCAAGCAAUAGGUGCAAUUCUUUGCAGCACCUGCUCUGGUUCAGGGUUGUAUAUCGACUCUAUAUUGGAAAGCCAGGGAAUCAUUGUCAAAGUCCGAUGCCUAGGUUGUGGAGGCACAGGCAAUAUUAUGUGUUCAGAAUGUGGGGGUCGGGGUCAUCUUGGAGCUAAAUGACUUUAUGGGUUACCAUUC